AUUGAAGGAAAUGCCGCCAAUUUGAUGAAUUUGAUUAGAUACGUCAACAUAAAAAUUUUUGUAUGAGUUGUUAUUAAAGCUACAUAUUACAAGUAGGUACUCUAUUAAUUUAGGAGAGUACACAAAUUCAAUAAAUCCAUUCAUGUAUCUACCGUAAUUAGUUAUAAAUUUUGCCUAAGACGUUCAUGUGGAUACAGAAUUGUAAUUUACAAUUGUGCUUUUCAUCAUUACCUACCAAAUUUUCACCUUUUCCAUAAUGGUACCGCAAGAUUUUAAUGGAUUGACAAACUUUACUUCGCUUAUCAGGAUACCCGUGUCUUAUUUGAGGUGAGGGAUGACAAGUUUUUGUGAAUUAACAUCAGCUGUUAUAGAAGAAUCUAUAAAAUCAAAGUUUAGCAAAAAAAUACACAAAAAUCAUCAUAGCUUUGCUUUCGUAGCUAAACAUAUUGCACAUAAGCAUAAAUGCAGCAAAGCACUUAAAAGAAAGUUAAAAAAAUAUAAAUUGAGACAUGAUGGGCAGGAAGAUCAAGAUGUAUUAGAUGUAUCAGAAACACUUAUCUCAUCUUUAACUAUAAAAUCUCCAGGAAAAACCGAUUCUGAAGAUUCAUUAUCAAAUGAAAAUAACUUAAAACCAAUAAACUAUUUGUUUAAAAUGGUUAGAAAAAGGAAAACUCAAAUGCCUAUUCAAAAUUAUAAUAGUGAAUUUAAAGAAAAUCCUGAAGAAAUCACAAAUUUCAACAAAGGUACAGUUGAUACUGAUAUUUCUAACUCAACAUCAAGUAAAACUCUGGAGAAGAAACAUACAAAUGCCUUUAAAUUACUUAUGGAUUCAAGAAAUAAAAGUAUUGGUUCAAAUUCACCUGGCAAAGAUAAACCAGAUGAAGAAUCAGCAGACUUAAGUGAUAAAAAGAGUACAAAAGCUAAGAGAAUGCUUAUGUUACAAAAGAUGGCUGAAACUAAAGGUUCAUUGAAAAAAAAAGAAGUUGAAGAAUUCCAUGAAAAAUGUAUCAAGAGAAAACUAGAAGAAAGAGCUCAAAACUUCAAAAGUAUGCUCUUAAAUCAAGAAAGUAAAUUAAGAACAAACAAGGAAUACAAUCAAGAGGCUGAUGAUACUACUGAUAAACUUAAUGAGAUUUCAAGUGGAAGAAAUGACAGAGCAUUGCAGUUAAUAAACAUCUUCGAAGAACCAGAAAUUGAGGCUAAUAUAAGUAAGAAAAAUAAAAACCCACUGAGCAAAGAAGAUGAAGAGUUUUUGAAGAAAUUAUCACCUUCAAUCAAAAAGAAAGAAAAUAUGUUAUGUUACUUUAAGAAAGUUGAAAAAGAAUCUAUUUCCCCUAUUGAAUCUGAAACUGAAAAUACUGUUAUCAAAGUUAAAUUGGCCACUAGAUCUAAGAAGAAAAGUAAAAAGAAAAAGAACGACUUGAAAAGCAUUGCAAAAUGUGAUAAUAUAAAUGAUUCAGAAAUAAAUCAGGAAACUUCAAUAGUAAAUUGUCUAGAAUCGUCAACUGAUCAGCAUUUUGUAGAAAAAGGUAGAAAAUUUAUUAAUAAAUCUAAACGUAAACGUAAUUAUGUAGAAUUUAAGAAAGCAAAACAAGAUUGUGAAAAAAGUCACAUAGCUGCAUGUAAUGAAGAGAGACCGAAGCGAAACGUAAAGAAACCAAUCAAGUAUAUAGAUAAUGUUUUUCCAUCAAGUUCAGAUGAAGAAUUACAUAUAUUUACACCAAAAAAGAAAAAACCCUCUGAACCUAUUCUGCAGUCAGAUAGUCCAAAGAAACAUAAAGCAGUUGACAAAUUAAAUUCAGUGCAGAAAAUGAGAUCAAAGGUUACACAAAAAGAAAGGAAACUGGGACUGAAAAAAGAUGUUAAAUUAGCACCAAUUUUUAACCCAAAGCACCCAUUUAAUUCUGUUGAAAAUGAAGCAAAACAGAAAUUUCUUCAAAGUGGUGUACCAGAACAAAUAAAAAAAAUGAUUUCUCAGCAAAAAUCAAAGGAUGUCUUUGUCGAUUAUUUUCCAGUAGUUGUGCAUGUUCAGCAAAGAAAUAGAGCAGAAGUAACACAUGUAAAAGAUCUACCAAAAUCAGUUGAUCCUUUUGACAGUUCUGACAUCGACAAUUUGAUUCCAAUCAAUGGAUCAUUUAGAGAAAUAAUUAAUAACCGUUAUCAUUUCUAUAAAGCAAAAGAAGCACCAAUAGUAAAUAAAAGUAUUAAAGAGUUACUUCAACAUAUGAAAACUUUAAAACCAAAUUUUCCUGUUUACAGAACAUAUAGACUGCUAAGAGAUAAAAAAAAGGGAGAACUGAAAGAUAAUAGUUUUUUAAAUCUCGAUAAUAGUAUAGAAGUAUUAAAUGGUUUAAUAGAAAUAAGUAAUGAUAAUCCAGAUCAGCUAUCUUGGAUUGAUAAAUAUAGGGCAACAUCAACUAAUCAAAUAAUUGGCAAUUACGAAACAAUCAAGGAAUUGAAAAAGUGGUUAAUUUCAUGGAAUGAAAAUCAGUUACAAUCAAAACAACGAUUAGAUUCCGAUUGUGAUUCAUCUGACUUUUACAAUUCAGAUACAGAUAGUAGGGACACUAUUAAAAAUGGAAAUAAUCUUGUAAUUCUCACUGGGCCGGUUGGUAGUGGAAAAACUUCCAGUGUUUAUGCAGUUGCAGCAGAACUAGCUAUCAAAGUGAUUGAGGUGAAUGCAAGUACCAAAAGAAAUGGAAAAAUUAUUUUGCAAGAUUUACGUGAAGCAACAAAGUCACACAAAGUAAAUAGAACAGCAAAUAGUUUUGAAAACUCUCAAAAAUCACAAGAAAUUGUUAUUCUAGAUGUACCCAAAAAACGCGGUAGAACAAAGAAAACGGUUGAGAAAAAUGAUAAAACUGAAAAACAUUCAGAUAAAAAACAUUCUAUAAAUUUUUCACAAAAUAGUCAAGAAGUCAUGAGAACAGAUUCAUCUCUUAUUUUGAUUGAUGAUGCUGAUAUCGUUUUUGAACAAGAUGAUGGAUUUUGUUCAGCUAUUGUCCAAAUAGUACAAAGUUCAAAAAGGCCUGUUAUUUUAGUGACUUCUUCAUUUUCAUGUCCACAUCUACAAAGAUUUUUGCUGAGUGGGAAAAUUUUAAAAUUCAACCAACUUAUGCCUAGAUUGCUUGGUCCCUGGCUGGAUGUGAUGUGUCUCGUUGAAAAUGGUUCUUGCUAUCCUGGAACUGGUGCCAGAUUUUUAGAUUACUUCAAAGGAGACAUAAGAAAAACAAUAAACUGUUUACAGUUUUAUACAUCACCAGUGAAAAUUGUUGCUAAUGAUGUUCCUCAAAUUGACUUUAAGUCUCAGCACGAUGAUGAGAAGUCUAGCAUGUCAUGGGCUGAUCGUGAUGAAAUGGAAGAAAUGAAUAUAGAGUCAAGUAUUACAUCUGAAAAUACUACAUAUUUGUGGCAUCAGUUCCAGCACACUCAUUUAGUAAGUGAUGAAAAUAUCCUAAAUAUUUGGUGGAAUCUACCCCAACUACUUAACAUAAAUAAUGAUAGCAAUAUUAUAGAAAACACAGCAAAAAGACAUUCUAAUGGUGACCUACAAUCAUUGGCUGCUACAAUAGACACCAUUUCAUUAGCAGACUAUUUUUGUCCCAGAAACAAUCACAAUACUGAUGUCGUUUCUAAGCUUUGGUACUCAAAAGAGAGUCCCACAGUCUUAGAACAAGAAAAUUUCGACGAAUAUAGAAAUAGUGAUCAAAGCAGCAUAGAAAUAUCACAGGCAUUAACAAGCAUUUCAUUGAUAAAUGCACAAAAACGAUUCAAGGUAGACAGUAGCUAUGAAAUAUAUUUCCCUGGGAUUAUAACACAGAGAGUACGGGACGCUGUUUUAUCACGCCAUAACAACUUGACAGCCUGCUUAAACCCGUCAGUUGUUCUUGACAGAAAAUCUUUGGCCCUAGAUUAUUGGCCUUCCUGCCGAAGUAUAUGUUCCAUUGAAAAGACUAAGUCGGACAGUAAUUCUAAAAGAAAAAAUCGUUUCUGUCAUUAUCUCAAAUCUGUGAAUGUACAAUGUAGAAGUGAAUGUUUUGAUAAUUUGAGUGAUAGCUUGAAUAUUAACAAUAAACGUAAUUUUUCCUUUAAGUAACUGUUUAAACUAUUAUGUUGUGAAGUUAGAUUUAUGAAUUAAAAGAGUUAUUUAUAUUAAAAAAUGUACUUAUUCCUGAAUUUAAAUAAAGUAUGUAUUGAAUGACUAGAUGCCUGACAAA